CAAUUCACCCGCCUUGCCGCCACUCGUAUCCAUGCUCGCGCAGACUUGCUGUUGGACCACUCGACGGAGAGCCACGUUGUGUCUUUGAAGCCGCAGAGCCGCAUGACAGACUCUUUUCGUGGAGGUGGGCUGGUUAUGGGGCGAUCUGCAGGCGGACUUCGUGCAGGCGCCGGUGUGGGACGAAUGCUUAGAAUGGGCAGAACCAAGACCGGCUUGGUAAAGCCAGCUGUUGGGCUCAGUUCCACCAGCUACCCGGUCAAAUACAGCCAGCGUGUCGACGAAGAUGUAGGAGGGGUGCUAGACCGCCUGCCAUGCUUGACUCCAGUCGACGCGAACGAAGGAAAUACGGUCAAGGUACCGGGUCUUCGUCUAUCGCGAAGAAAAGAUGAUGAUGGAGACGGGACUAGAUGCGGGGCUUGCUCGAGUGUUUGGAGCUUCCGCCAAUGCGCCAGGCCAACACGCAAGAUGACCCGCGUAAUUAUCUUCAGGCUUCAUCUCCUUCGUGGACUUCGCUAUCUCCACACCAGCCUGAGGGCUUUUCGGCGACAAUCUUUCCCCAUGUCAGUCAGCGGCAACAUGAACUGGACGCUCCCUUCCAGUUUCGCUGCAUCUGCACAGUCGCAUCAAAAGGACCACCACACUGCCUCUCGCGCUGCCCUUUGGACUCCACAUAGCCUUCGUCAACGCCACUUGCACUAG